AAUAUUUUUUCUCAUUUCUUUUUACUACUGUUUCUCUCCGAUUACUUUUUCGGGUUCGUCUUCGUCACAGGGGGCAGAAAAUGGCUACGAAGAUCGGGUCGUUUCGGCACAGUUUCGCCGAGAGGAGUAAGGAAAGGCUGCUCUCCAGGAAGGCUUACUCCGAAUUGGGCCUUGGCAGCUCCUACGGCGGCGAAGACGAUGGAGUUAAAGGCCGGUUUUUCCGUCGCCUGUCCGAUGGGAUCCUCAACUUCUGGGCUGGUCUUCGAGAAACUUCGGUCAAGCUGUACGAGAUGGGCCGAUCCGACCCUCGGAAGCUCCUCUUCGCAGCUAAAAUGGGGAUCUCCUUGGCCCUUGUGUCACUCGUCAUCUUCUUGAAAGACCCGCUAAAGGAUGUGAAUCAGUACUCCAUCUGGGCAAUUCUCACGGUAGUCGUAGUUUUCGAAUUCAGCGUAGGGGCAACUCUUAACAAAGGACUCAAUCGUGCUUUGGGGACAUUUUCGGCUGGAGGGCUUGCUCUGGGCAUUGCAGAGGUUUCUACGAGGGCUGGGAAUUUAGAGGAGGUUAUUAUAGUAAUUAGCAUUUUUAUUGCAGGAUUUUGUGCAAGUUAUACCAAACUGUAUCCGCCAAUGAAGUCUUAUGAAUAUGGUUUCCGAGUAUUCUUGUUGACAUUCUGUAUCGUGUUGGUCUCUGGGAAUAGUUCGUCGCAGUUUCUCCAAACAGCCUUCUAUCGAUUAUUACUUAUUGCGAUUGGUGCUGGUAUAUGCUUGGUUGUAAAUAUAUGUUUGUAUCCCAUCUGGUCAGGGGAGGAUCUGCACAAAUUGGUGGUGAAAAACUUUCAGGGUGUUGCUACUUCUUUGGAAGGUUGUGUUAGUGGAUACUUGAACUGCGUUGAAUAUGAGAGGGUGCCUUCCAAAAUUCUUACAUACCAAGCUUCUGAUGACCCGCUAUAUAGUGGCUAUAGAUCGGCUGUACAAUCUUCUAGCCAAGAGGAAUCUCUGUUAGAUUUUGCAAUAUGGGAACCACCUCAUGGUCCUUAUAAAGGAUUUAAUUAUCCUUGGAGGAACUACGCCAAAGUAAGUGGUUCUCUGAGGCAUUGCGCUUUCAUGGUAAUGGCAAUGCAUGGGUGCAUACUUUCAGAAAUACAGGCACCAGCAGAGAAGAGAAAGGUUUUUAGUCGUGAGCUUCAGAGGGUUGGUGCUGAAGGAGCUAAAGUGUUACUUGAGCUUGGAAGCAAAGUAGAAAAGAUGGAAAAAUUAAGCUCUAAAGACAUACUAUUUGAAGUGCAUGAAGCAGCAGAAGAAUUACAAAUGAAGAUUGACCGAAAAUCAUACCUUCUGGUCAAUUCGGAUAACUGGGAAGAUGUAAGGCGGGCUAAGGAAUUUGAAGAUCCUCAGAACUUCAUCGAUGUCAAAGACAAUGAAAAUAAAGGUAUUGUGAUCAAUUCCCUCAGUGAAACAUGGGACAGACAGAAUCCAAACAUCAGUGUAGAGCCCUCCAUGCCGCUUUGGAUAUCCUCAGAAAGUGUGCUUAAUAAACCAGUAUCAUGGCCACAACUCUCAUUUACCGGGGAUACCAGGCUUAAUGAACAAGAAUCAAGAGUAUAUGAAAGUGCCAGUUCUUUGUCUUUAGCUACAUUUUCAUCCCUGCUCAUCGAGUUCGUUGCCAGGCUUCAAAAUCUUGUUGAUGAGUUUGAAGAGCUUAGCGAGAAAGCAAAUUUUAAGGAACCCUUGGAUCCAUCAAAUCAGGCUAAAGAGGCGGUUGGGUUUUGGACCAGACUUUUUAGAUGCUUCCAUUGACACCAACCUCAUAUUUUUCAUUAAAUUGUUUGGAAUUCAUUAUUGGUUACCGCUUGGUUAACUUUAUGUUUGCAAAUGUAAGGAAUUUGAUAGGGAAAGACAGCAAGUUUUGCCGACCUAAACGACAAUUCUAGUGGACUCUUCAGAGGGUCUGAUCUGACAAGAAGUCUCCUGGAAGGAUGGAUUUUAUCUUAUUAUGUGAAGGAGUUGCAGAAUCUCCAGUGAUGGGGCUUUAUCAGCAUAAAUGAGUUUAAAGCUAGAAGAGGAUUUUAGAUUGAGGAACAUUCUCAAUAUACUGUAUUUAUUUACUGUUUGUAUAUAUAUAUAUAUAUAUAUUUGGGUGUUAAUAUCAACAUAUGAGGACUCAAAAAACACUUACAGAAAGGAAUAUCACUAUAAUGGCCUUUACUAUGCCUGUUUGCUUA